AUGCGGCUCCAGACUUUCGCCGUGGCCUUUGUGAACUUUACAGCCGCUGCAACGGCAAACACAAACCGAGCCAGGUGCAAGGCCUCUAUUUUCCAGAAGUACAUCGAUGCCAAUGGGACGCAGGCCAGGGUACAAUGGGCGACCCAUAUCCCUCAGAAUGGCUCUUUCAAUCCGAUGAAUUUCCCUUCGGUCUCUGAGUAUCCCACAAACCUCCCUGAAGGAUGCGGUGUUCAGAUCAAUGUGAAGUCGGAGGGCAACUCAAGCUACCUUGUUGGCUUGAUCAUGCCGUAUGAAUGGAAUGGCAGACUGCUUUCCGCUGCUUCUGGAAGAGGCAUCAAUUGGGUUGACAUGGGCACUGGAACCAAUUAUGGAUUUGCCACCCUUUCGAGCAACCUGGGCCAUGUUGGAAUCAAUACAGCCGGAACUUGGGCAAUUGACAGACCUCAAGCUGUCAUUGACUGGGGUUAUCGGGCAUGGCAUGAUGCCACAGGGCUGGGAAAGCUGUUUAUCGAAGAGUGGUAUGGCUCAGCCGCUGAGUAUAGCUACUUCUACGGAUGUUCAACUGGUGGAAGACAGAGUAUGAAGAACAUGCAAGAGUAUCCUGAUGACUAUGACGGUAUCCUGGCGGGUGCUCCUGCAUGGUGGACGACCCAUCAACAGCUGUACAACCUCAAGCAAACCACUUACCAGGCGCCCGCCAACUCCUCUCAUACAAUUCCAGAGAAGGUGUUUGACAUUUUGGCCACGGAGGUUCUGAAACAAUGUGACCCUCAAGACGGUCUCGUGGAUACCAUUAUCUCCAACCCUAAAGGAUGCAACCCCAACACAUUGAUGUGCAACUCUACCAGCACUGCGGAUGAGUGCCUGACCGAUGCGCAGCUCAACACACUCUAUAAGAUCUACAAUGACUGGGUCGAUGUUAACCAGACUUAUGUCUAUGGUCACAUGUGGCUCGGAAGUGAGGCUUCAUGGCUGCUUGGAAACAUCGGCUUGGGUGAGGAUAGCACCAUUGACCAGCAGCUGUGUACUGUGGAGCUCGCUAACAAACUGAACCCCGGAAACGCCACUGCCGACAAAUAUGAUAUUAGUGCUUUCCAGAAACGUGGUGGCAAGUUUCUUCAUUACCAUGGCCUUGUUCUGAAGCUCCAGGGCAUUGAAGUGGAUGAUUUUUACAGAAUGUUCUUCCUCAUUCCUGGCAUGGAUGUACCCGGAUACAGAGAUGCUAAGCACGAUAUCAUUUUGGCCAUGAUGUCUUGGGUUGAGAAUGGAACCGCACCUGACAGUAUCAUUGCAACCAAGUGGAAGAACGAUACCACUGCCACUAAUGUCCUUCGUCAGCGCCCGAUCUGCCACUAUCCAUACCAGGCAAAGUAUGAUGGGAAGGGCGACCCGGAUGAGGCUAGUAACUGA